ACGGCUGUGGUCGCGCAGUCUACGAUUCCAAUCCGGUCAGCUGUUAAUUUUGUGUGCGUCAGACAAGCCGGUUCCAUGCAGACAAUAGAGCGGCAGCAUCCCCAGCAAAGCAGAAGCGGUCUCACACAAACCACCGUACCAACAUCGCCAGCAUCAACAACAAACCGGUAUUCUGGAACGGAACGCGGAGCGGAUUGUCAGUCCAAGCGCGCUGAUUACGCAGUGUCGUGCUGAGUGUAAACAAGCAAACGGUCAUUUAGCCAAGGUCGCAGAACCGCAACCAUGGAACCACUCACGGUGACGACGCUGGUGUUGCUGAUAUUGUGCUUUCCGUUGCUAAGGUGGCUGCUGGAGCGCCACAGGUUGGCGCAGAUCUACGAUCGAAUACCGGGUCCACGGGCGUACCCAUUUGUCGGAACGCUGUACAUGUUUUUCGGCAAAACAUCCGAAGAAAUAUCGACCCUCAUUGAUCGAAGGGUGAGUCGGUAUGAUGGAAUCCAUCGGAUCUGGGUCGGUAUGACGCCGGAAGUACGGCUCAGCAAGCCCGAAUACAUCGAACAGAUCAUCAGCUCGAGCAAGCACAUCGAGAAGGGAACGUUGUACCGCUUCUUGGCCGACUGGCUGGGCGACGGUCUGCUCACAGCGAAAGGUGAACGAUGGUUCCAGCACCGAAAGCUCAUUACACCGACCUUCCAUUUCAACAUCCUGGACGGGUUCUGUGAGGUGUUUGCCGAGAGUACGGCCGUGCUGGUGAAGCGGUUGCAACCGUACGCCGCUACCGGGAGGCCCAUCAACAUCUAUCCAUUCAUAACGAAUGCCGCCCUGGACAUUAUCUGUGAAACGGCCAUGGGCGUCAAGGUGAACGCACAAGGCAGUGACGGAGCAGACAACUCAUACGUGAGCGCAGUGUAUGGAUUAUCUUCCCUAUUCCUGGAGCGUCUCGUGCGACCGUGGUUGCACCCGGAAUGGAUCUUCAAGCGAUCCGCGCUCGGGCGGAAGCAGCAAACCCUGCUGGACGUGCUGCAUGGUUACACACGCCAGGUAAUACAGGAGCGCAAGAAGGCGCUUGAUGCUGGAGCGACGGUGCAUGAGGUGCCAUCGGAUGGUGCCGUGUAUGGCCGGAAGCGGCGACUCGCCUUUCUCGAUCUGCUGCUACAAAGCGCGUCCAACACGGACACCAACCCACUGUCCGAUGAAGACGUACGCGAGGAGGUCGAUACAUUCAUGUUCGAGGGUCACGACACGACGACGGCCGGGAUGAGCUGGGCGCUUUUCCUGCUCUCCCUCCACCCCGAGAUCCAGGAGCAAGUGCAUCAGGAAAUUGAUUCCAUCUUCAACGGUAGCGACCGGCCAGCGACGAUGCAGGACCUCAAUGAGAUGCGGCUGCUGGAGCGUUGCUUGAAGGAAACCUUGCGUCUCUACCCCUCGGUACCAUUCUUUGGCCGUACGACCAGCGACGAUGUGAAUCUGGGUGGUUACCACGUGCCAGCCCGCACCAUCAUCGGCAUCCACACGUACAAUGUGCAUCGCGAUGAAAGAUACUUUCCCGAGCCGGAGCGCUUCGAUCCGGACCGGUUUCUGGCCGAACGCUCCGAAGGCCGCCACCCGUACGCGUACAUUCCGUUCAGUGCUGGGCCGCGGAACUGCAUCGGUCAGAAGUUUGCGCUGCUCGAGGAGAAGAGCGUAGUGUCGGGCAUCUUGCGGCGGUAUCGCAUUCGCUCCGCGCGAACCCGCGAACAGCAACAAAAGGUGGCCGAGCUUAUCACGCGACCGAAGGAUGGUGUGUUGCUGUAUCUCGAGUCGCGCACCACUGGCUAGCAUCCACCUUUAACCGAAUGCCGGAUGCACCUUUUCGGAGGGGUUGCGGUGGUAAUGAUGAUGAUGAUGAUGGUGGCAAAGGGAAGCAAAUAAAAUAUUGAACCAAGCGUGAGCGCGAGUGCAUCGCUCUA